AUGAGCGCGGAGUCAGCAGCUGAAGCCCUGGGCAACACCACCCUCACCGACCCCGGUUCGGAGUCCGCACCCGCGAUCAAGCCCGUCGCGGCCAGCGCACAGGCCCAGGUCGUCACGCCCUGGGACGUGCAGGGCUCCGUCGGCGCGGACGGCCAGCAGGCCGCGAUCGACUACGAGAAGCUGCUCGACCAGUUCGGCACGCGGCGCAUCGACGCUGCGCUCCUGGAGCGAUUCGAGAAGCUCACAGGGCACCGGCCGCAUCCGUUCCUACGGAGGGGGAUGUUCUUCUCGCAUCGGGAGUUCGACAAGAUUCUCGAUCGGCAUGAGCAGGGCAAGCCGUUCUUUUUGUACACGGGGCGUGGACCGAGCAGUGAUAGUAUGCACUUGGGACAUAUGGUUCCGUUUGUGUUCACUAAGUGGUUGCAGGACGUGUUCGAUGUUCCUCUUGUCAUCCAGUUGACUGAUGACGAGAAGUUCCUGUUCAAGCAUGAGCUGAAGGCCGAGCAGACAUACGAAUUUGCUCGCGCGAACACCAAGGACAUCAUUGCGGUUGGGUUCGACGUAAAUAAGACGUUUAUCUUCAGCGAUUUCUCGUAUGUCGGCGGCGCGUUCUACAAGAACGUUGUCAAGAUCUCCCGCCAGAUCUCAUUCAACCAGGCCAAGGCCACCUUCGGCUUCAACGAAUCUGACAACAUCGGCAAAAUCCACUUUGCCUCGGUGCAGGCCGCGCCGUCCUUCUCGAACUCCUUCCCGCACAUCUUCGGCGAGGUGUCCAACAUCCCCUGCCUGAUCCCCUGCGCGAUCGACCAGGACCCGUACUUCCGGCUGACGCGCGACGUCGCGCAGAAGCUCAAGUACCCCAAGCCUGCGCUCAUCCACUCGCGCUUCUUCCCCGCCCUGCAGGGCCCGCAGACGAAGAUGAGCGCGUCGGACCCGAACUCGAGUAUCUACAUGACGGACACGCCCAACCAGAUCAAGAACAAGAUCAACAAGCAUGGGUUCUCGGGCGGGAGAGAGACGGAGGAGGAGCACCGUAAGUAUGGUGGGAACACGGAGGUGGACGUUGCCUAUCAGUACUUGGGCUUCUUCCUCGAUGAUGACGAGGAGCUCGCACGGAUAGGAGAGGAGUACAGAGCAGGUCGCCUACUUACAGGCCAGCUCAAGGGUCAAUGUAUCAAGCUCUUGCAGGACUUCGUAAAGGGCUUCCAAGAGCGGAGAGCGAAACUCACGGAGGCCGACGUGGACGCAUACAUGGCCGUCCGCAAGAUCGAGCCAAAGUUUGGGAAGAAGGCGGACGCAGCUGCCUAG